CGCGCCUGCGCAGAUCUCUUCAAAGCAGAAGGUCGCUUUUGGGAGGAAGUGGCCUCUUUGCGUCCCGUGACCGAAGCGCCGUUGCUACUUUCUCGAAGCUCCUCUCGGCCGCUUGCCGGGACACUCCGCCGCCAAGAUGCCCCGGAUUAUGAUCAAAGGGGGCGUGUGGAGGAAUACGGAGGAUGAAAUUCUGAAAGCAGCGGUAAUGAAAUAUGGGAAAAACCAGUGGUCUAGGAUUGCCUCAUUGCUGCAUAGGAAAUCGGCAAAGCAGUGCAAAGCUAGAUGGUACGAAUGGCUGGACCCAAGUAUUAAAAAAACUGAAUGGUCCAGAGAAGAGGAAGAAAAACUCUUGCACUUGGCCAAGCUGAUGCCAACGCAGUGGAGGACCAUUGCUCCGAUCAUAGGAAGAACAGCAGCCCAGUGCUUGGAACACUAUGAAUUCCUCCUGGACAAAACUGCCCAAAGGGACAAUGAAGAGGAAACAACGGAUGACCCCCGAAAACUUAAGCCUGGAGAGAUAGACCCAAACCCAGAAACCAAACCAGCUCGUCCUGAUCCAAUUGACAUGGAUGAGGAUGAACUUGAGAUGCUUUCUGAGGCUCGAGCCCGUCUGGCUAAUACUCAAGGAAAGAAGGCUAAGAGGAAAGCAAGAGAAAAGCAGUUGGAAGAAGCAAGGCGCCUCGCUGCCCUCCAGAAAAGACGAGAGCUUCGAGCAGCUGGUAUAGAGAUUCAGAAGAAAAGGAAAAAGAAGAGAGGAGUUGAUUAUAAUGCUGAAAUCCCAUUUGAAAAAAAGCCUGCUCUUGGUUUUUAUGAUACUUCUGAGGAGAAUUACCAGACCCUUGAUGCAGAUUUCAGGAAAUUAAGACAGCAGGAUCUUGACGGAGAGCUAAGAUCUGAAAAAGAAGGAAGAGAUAGAAAAAAAGACAAACAGCAUUUAAAAAGGAAAAAGGAAUCUGAUUUACCAUCAGCUAUCCUUCAAACUAGUGGUGUCUCUGAGUUUACUAAAAAGAGAAGCAAACUUGUGCUGCCUGCCCCUCAGAUUUCAGAUGCUGAACUCCAGGAAGUGGUCAAGGUAGGCCAGGCCAGUGAAAUUGCACGGCAGACGGCAGAGGAGUCUGGAAUCACAAACUCUGCUUCUAGCACUCUCCUGUCUGAGUACAAUGUCACAAACAACAGCAUCGCUCUGAGAACACCACGGACACCAGCCUCCCAAGACAGGAUUCUACAGGAAGCUCAGAACCUCAUGGCUUUGACCAAUGUGGACACUCCAUUGAAAGGUGGGCUUAAUACCCCACUGCAUGAAAGUGACUUCUCUGGUGUGACCCCACAGCGGCAGGUUGUGCAGACUCCAAAUACUGUUCUGUCUACCCCUUUCAGGACUCCUUCUAAUGGAGCUGAAGGGCUGACUCCCCGGAGUGGGACAACCCCUAAACCAGUCACCAAUGCCACUCCAGGUAGAACACCACUUAGAGACAAAUUAAACAUUAAUCCCGAGGAUGGGAUGGCAGACUACAGCGACCCCUCUUACGUGAAGCAGAUGGAAAGAGAAUCUCGUGAACACCUCCGACUAGGAUUGUUAGGCCUGCCUGCGCCCAAGAAUGACUUUGAAAUUGUUCUACCAGAAAAUGCAGAGAAGGAGCUGGAAGAGCGGGAGAUAGAUGACAACUACAUUGAGGAUGCUGCGGAUGUGGAUGCUCGGAAGCAGGCCAUGCGAGAUGCUGAGCGUGUAAAGGAAAUGAAACGAAUGCACAAAGCUGUUCAGAAGGACCUACCCAGACCAUCUGAAGUAAAUGAAACUAUUUUAAGACCUUUAAAUGUAGAACCACCUCUAACAGAUUUACAGAAAAGUGAAGAACUGAUCAAAAAAGAAAUGAUAACGAUGCUUCAUUAUGACCUUCUACAUCACCCCUACGAGCCGUCUGGAAAUAAGAAAGGAAAAAAUGUCGGUUUUGCUACCAACAAUUCAGAGCACAUUACCUAUCUUGAGCAUAGCCCUUAUGAGAAGUUCUCCAAAGAAGAUCUGAAAAAGGCCCAGGAUGUUCUGGUACAAGAGAUGGAAGUGGUAAAACAAGGAAUGAGCCAUGGAGAACUCUCCAGUGAAGCUUACAACCAGGUGUGGGAGGAAUGCUACAGUCAAGUCCUCUAUCUUCCUGCUCAGAGCCGCUACACACGGGCUAAUCUUGCUAGUAAAAAGGACAGAAUUGAAUCACUUGAAAAGAGACUCGAGAUAAACAGGGGUCACAUGACAACAGAAGCCAAGAGAGCUGCAAAGAUGGAGAAGAAGAUGAAAAUUUUGCUUGGUGGUUACCAGUCUCGUGCUAUGGGGCUCAUGAAGCAGUUGAAUGACUUAUGGGACCAG